AUGUCUAAGUUGAAGGAAAACUACUGGCUGAUCUUCGGGGGACAGGGUUCACCGUCUAUCUUUUCUCCUGGAGCGUCCGCGAUCGCAGAGGAAGACGCUCAGUUGUCUCCUGCUGGCAGCAUCCUCUUGUCAAAAUGUCAUGCAGCUUUUUUGCAAGAGGUUGAGAGUCUGGACGCCGCAUCUCAGAAGGAUCUUGGCAUCAAUUUGACGUACUUCUGCUUUCCGCAGAACUUGAUCAAGCCGAAUGAACGUUAUCACGCACACCCAGUGCUUCAAGCAACCACAAUCUACCUUUGUCAACUUCUCCACUACCUCGCCCAGUUGCAACGUUCCAAUGAACCCUUCGAAGCCUCAUUCGACAGAAUCAGAGAGACCACGGGCUUCUCUUCGGGUUUCAUCACCGCCACCGUUGUUGCCCGAUCGUGCAGCCUCGACAACCUCGUAGCAAAUGGUGUUGAAGGAUUUCGGCUCGCAUUUUGGAUUGCUUGUCGCUGUCACUUUCGGAGCCUGAACGCCAAUUCAAACCGCUCUCCCGAUAGCAAUGGGGUUAGGGGAAACUUGGAUGCAACAUGCUCUCUCGUUAUCCGCGGUCUCUCAUCGGCUCAGGUGGAAGAAAAGCUGUCGAAGCAUUGCGCCACGCGGUUUUCCAGCUUGGGCUCAUCGUACCAGUCGACUUCACAAAGCCUUCAUGUUUCCGCCAUCUUAAGUCCCAGCGUUGUGGCUGUCUCUGGUCCCAAAGAGGAACUCGCUGCGUUCGAAGCUGAAGGCGUGUCUGCCUUUGCAACAAAGUUUGCCCAUGUACAUGGAUGGUACCAUGGAGGCAAUCAACUCGAGGUUGUCGUUGACGAGGUUCUUGAAGAUGCUCGACGUCGAGACAUUGUUUUCUCUACCUUGUUUGCGCCUAUGAAGCCCCUCCGAUCAACUUUUGACGGGACAUUGAUUGACGCAUCAAACGUCGACGCGGUCGGUUUUCUGCAACUGCUGGCUCGACAUUUGCUUGUUCACUGCGUGAACUGGCACGACACAGCUACUCAGAUCACUGCAAGCGUUAGAGAGUUACUGAGGGAGGAUUCUGCAGCAUGCGUCAAGCUGCUGUCUUUCGGGCCAUCGUCUAAUUCCUUGUUCCCAAUCUUUGACCCUCCUGAUGACAGGAUAAAUUUCAUGGAGCUUUCGUCGUUCAAAGCAACUUCGACGACUCAUUCAGUUGAUGACCAUCCGAAUAGCAUUGCCAUCGUUGGGAUGAGCGUCAGACUCCCCAACGCUCAGGACAGAAACGAGCUUUGGCAGAUGCUCUCCCAAGGAGUUAGUGCUGUACAGGAGGUUCCGGAAUCUAGGUUUCAAAUCUCCGAUUACUACUCCGAGAAACAACCUCAUCAUUCAAGGACAAUGCCCAUCAAGCACGGCGCAUUCCUCAAUGACGCUUUCUCAUUCGACAACAGUUUCUUCAACAUCUCACCCCGAGAGGCGAUUUCCAUGGACCCUCAACAACGACUUCUACUUCACGCAGCGCAGGAGGCCCUCGAAGAUGCCGGAUACGUCGGAGAUUCGUCACCAUCCUCUCAGAAAGCGACUACCGGUUGCUUCAUUGGCCUUGCCACGGGAGACUACACUGACAAUCUCCGCAACGACAUCGACGUUUUCUACUCUCCUGGAACCCUACGAGCCUUCCAUAGCGGAAGGAUUUCCUUCUUUCAUGGCUUCAGCGGUCCCUCAAUUGUUACUGAUACGGCAUGCUCCUCGUCAAUGGUCUCCUUGUACCAGGCUUGUCGAGCCCUGCAGACAGGCGACUGCACCACCGCAAUAGCAGGAGGCAUAAACGUGAUUUCUAGCCCAGAUAUGUAUCUUGGGCUGUCACGAGGCCACUUCCUCAGUCAAACUGGAGGCUGCAAGCCCUUUGAUGCGGCUGCAGACGGCUACUGUAGAGCUGAGGGAUGCGUCUUGUUUGUCCUUAAGCGGCUUUCAGAUGCUGUGGCAGAAAACGACAACAUCCACGGCGUUAUACGGGAUAUUAUGACGAACCAAAGCGGCAACGCGCAGUCUAUCACGCAUCCCCACAGCCCAACCCAAAUUGACCUGUUACAACGCCUUCUUAACCAAACAAAGGUUGACCCCAGGUCCAUUAGUGUCAUAGAAGCGCAUGGAACAGGUACUCAGGCCGGCGACACUCGCGAGAUGGAAAGUCUUCGGCACGUUUUUGGCCCGUAUCAUUCGGUGACAAAUCCUAUCGUUGUCAGCUCCAUCAAGGGUAACGUAGGCCACUGUGAGGCUGCGUCUGGGGCUGCGAGCUUGGCCAAAUUGCUGCUCAUGCUGCGUGAAAAGGGGAUCCCACCUCAAGCCGGGUUCAACACCAUCAACCCGCACUUCUCCGACCUGGAGAACUCUGGAUUCGUCAUACCGAGACGGAUGAUUCCUUGGAAUCACUCUAUUUCAACUCCGAGAAGAGCUAUGCUGAGCAACUUCGGCGCUGCCGGAUCGAACGCCUCUCUCUUGUUGGAAGAGUGGACCCAGCACUCAAACACGGAGACGCGAACUCGAGACCGGUCCAGCUAUGUUUUCCGAAUCUCUGCGAAGUCUCAAACUGCCCUUCAAGCGACCGUACAACAAUAUCUCAAAUUCCUCGGAGAAAGCCCUGAUCGGUCAUUGCUGAAGGACGUCUGUUACACCGCAACUGCACGGCGUCAGGCCUACGAUUAUCGCAUAUCCGUUUCAUGCAGUUCUGUAGAAGAGCUUCGGUCCAAACUGGAGACUUGCGAGGCUUCGAGCCCCCCUCCUGCCCUGUCUGCGUCGGCCACCGUGUUCUGCUUCUCUGGGCAAGGCGGCUUCUACCGCGGCGUGGGAGCUGAGCUCAUGGAAACAUUUCCAUCCUUCCGGGAGUUUGUGUCGAAGUGCGAUUCGAUCAUCAAAGGGCUGGGGAACGAAAGCAUCCUUGGGAUGUUCCGCAACGACGCGUCCAACGAUCAGUCAUUGGGGAAGUCUGAGCGCAUGAUUGCCGAACAAUGUGCCUGUGUCGUACUGGAAUUGGCGCUGGCAAGGGUGUUCAUGUCAUUUGGGAUCACUCCAGACUAUGUCGUGGGACACAGUCUUGGAGAGUAUGCCGCUUUGUGUAUAGCUGGUGCACUUUCAUUGGAAGACACUUUACGUGUCGUGUCAUCUCGGGCGAAAAUGAUGGCAUUGUACUGCGAGUCAAAUGCUUCCGGAAUGUUGGCAUGCAGCAUGUCGCCAGAUCGCGCCGGGAAUUUGAUCUCGACGAACCCCGCCUUGUCGGAGUUGACUGUGGCAUGCCUCAACGGCAUUGACGACUGUGUGAUCGGCGGGCCAUUGGACCAAAUCAGCGAGUUCCAGGGACACUGCAAGGCGUGGAAGAUUAAGACAAAGGUUUUGGACGUUCCGUUUGCUUUCCACACCAAGGCUAUGGAUCCAAUCUUGGACGAUCUUGAGGCACUUGGGCGGUCGAUCGGCUUUGCGACGCCUACAGUCCCCAUCAUUUCCAACGUAUUCGGAUGCUUUUUUCAGGCAGAGCAUCUUACUGGAAACUAUUUUGCGCUCCACGCAAGGGAGCCGGUGCGCUUUUCGGAAGGUCUGUUGGAUUUACAAUCAAGCGCCCCGCUUCACAACGCGCUAUUCCUCGACAUCGGCCCUCAUCCCAGCACAAUCCCCAUGGUUCGGAGCUUGAAUCAACAUGGCUCCUCCACAUAUCUCGGAACGUUGCAAAAGAGCCGAAGAGCGUGGGAAUCGAUCAGUGCGACCCUAGCCAACAUAUCUCUGCUGAAGAUACCUGUCAACUGGCGCGAGGUCUUUGCUGGGACGUCUGCGAGGAUGUUGUCCGGUUUACCUGGGCAUCCCCUGAAGGGCCCGAAAUUCUUCGUCCCUUAUCGGGAACAACUCCAGAGUGUUGAACAAGGCGAGACAUCAUUACCGUCUCUUCGCACAAAGACCAGAUUCAACCUAUUGCCAUGGCUGAAGCCUCAGCCGGCUCCGAGCGAUACAUUCGUGUUCGAGACGACGUUACAAAUUCUGGGUCUCCUCAUCUCAGGGCAUGACGUCGGGGGAACUGCAAUCUGUCCGGCUUCGCUCUUUCAUGAGCUUGCUUUGGAGGCAGUCAAGACAGCUAUCCCACCACUCGUCAGCCAGACUUUGGUCGUCACAAACAUGGUAUUUGCCAGUCCUCUGGUCUAUAAGCCGUCAAAAGAAGCAAAUGUUUCUGUGCACUUGACGAAGCAUAUGCCAGACGGCGGCGCAGACUUCAAAGUUUCUUCAACUUCAGCUAGCGAUCCAACAGAAAACGUUCACUGCACCGGUGUCGUAUCCCUACGAGAUCAACACGUAUUUGACUCUCAGCAGAUCAAAGAUGCAGCGCUUAUGAAGAGACAAAAGCAAUACUUUGACACAGUUGGGAAAGAACACAGCAGCAUUUUCCGAACUCGGGUGCUGUAUGAAGUUGUCUUUCCACGCGUGGUUCGGUACUCUCCCGAAUACCAAAGCAUACACUAUCUCAGAGUGAGCGACUCGAACCUGGAAGGCAUUGGGUCGUUCAAACUUCCUCAAGAAUCUGGGACGAGCUACGUCUCGCACCCUGUCUUCACGGACUCAAUUCUGCACACCGCUGGCUUCAUUGCAAACACCGCGGUUAAGGACGAAGAUGUGUGCAUAUGCGCGCGAGUUGACGCAGUGGAGAUAUCCUAUCGUGACAUCGAUUUUGGAGGCACCUUCCAGAUAUACUGCAGUCUUCUCGAAGUCAAGGGUGCUUUCCUCGCAGAUGCCAUCGUCAUGGAUACUUCCGGGCAAGUAAUUGCCGCCGUCAGGGGCAUGGAGUUCAGGAGACUUCGUUUGUCUACGUUCCAGCAGAUGCUGGCCCGCACCAAUACCCCCCCUGAGUCACGCACCAAGUCCACCCAAGACGUUGACAUGGCACUGAAAAAGACUGUCAUGGACGUUGGUGGCUUCUCCAUUGAAGACAUGGAUUACAACAAGCCAUUAGACGAGCUGGGGAUUGACUCUCUCAUGCAGAUCGAGAUUGCAUCCGGACUGGCGCGAGCAUUCCCAUUCGCAGACAAGAUGAAUCAUCGUACUCUGUCGCAAUGCGAAACCUUAGGGUCCUUGGAGAUUGCUUUGGGGCUUAUGCUACAGUCCUCUGUGGAACCUACUUCCGUUGUAGGAAGCCCCAAGAUGGUCAACGAACAGCCUCCCGGUUCACCAACUCCAGCCCCGUUAACCCAGAUUUUGUCUGACAGCAUCGGGGACAAUCCAGUUGCGCUGCACACAUCUCACCGGGAAACGACGCCGCUGUGUUUGUUCCAUGAUGGGAGCGGACAGAUCACCACGUACGCCAGGCUAAGGGGUUACGAUCGCGAUGUAUUCGCUUUUUUUGAUCCGUCAUUCGGGAGCACAAAGAAAUGUUACGAAACCAUACCUCAGAUGGCUGAAGAUUACGUGUCUCUCCUGUCAAAGUCUGCGCAUUUCCCAUUGAUGGUCGGCGGGUGGUCUUUUGGUGGGGUCGUGGCGUUCGAAGCAGCAAGACAGCUGCUUUCCAAGGGGUUCGAGGUCAAGGGCCUGGUGUUGAUCGACUCGCCGAGUCCCGUCAACCACAAGCCACUCCCGAAGGAGAUUAUUACCAGCAUCACAAGAUCCAACAGAUCAGAUGGCCAGCCCCAGGAAGGAAAGCAUAAUGCUGCACUAGAAGAAGAAUUUCAACGGAACGCGUCUCUUCUCGAACGCUACGGUGCAGAUCCAUCUGCAAUGACACGCAUGCCAGGCUUGAAAACCGUCAUGCUGAGAAGUCAAGACGUUAUGGACACUGAGAGUCUUGUGGGUUUGCGUUACGACUGGCUGAGCAAUCAGAAUGACCGAGAUGGUUCCAUCGCCGCCUGGGAGAAUCUAGUUUGCGGUCACAUCAAGGUGCUUCCUAUCCCAGGAAAUCAUUUCGAAGCAUUCAGCCCUGCAAACACUGUCGAAACUGGUCCCUUCCUGCGCGACCUUUCCCAGAAAGCGAAAUCCUCGAGGAAUCUUCAGAAGUUCCUCCUCGAUGCAGGCAACAACCUCCGGACACAUGUGUCGACCCUCGAGGAAGGUGUCAGGAAGUUAAUACCAGAAUUUCACACCGUCGCGGAGCUCGCAGAGGCCCGAAGCGAUCCGGCUGCGCAAGCAAUCUUGUCACCGGUCCUGCUCUGCAUAGCACAGCUCGGCGAUCUCAUUCACCGCACUGAGAAGACCCCAAGCCUCCUCCAAUCUAGCAGCGAUGUCCCAGGUCCAGCACGACACUUGGUUGGCUUCUGUACAGGACUUUUGCCCGCCGCAGUUGCUGCAGCUUCGACUAGCCUGGCCGAUGCCACAAGGCUUUCUCAAGAGAUUGUGUUGCUUUCGAUCAGGCUUGGACUUCAUGCGUACCGUCGCUCCGUGGCUAUAGAAGCCAUAUCCGGAGUUUGGCACAUUUACGUCAGUUCGGAAUCGCGAUCCACGUUGACUCUCAGCGGACCUCCGUCUGUCUUGCAGUCCUUCCUGUCCUCCACGGCAAUGUACGGUGUACGGAGCACAUCCCUUCCCAUAUAUACCGCCUUCCAUGCGUCCCAUCUCGCCGCUCCAGAUGUUGGCGCAAUAAUCGGUACUUCACCUGUGUUCACUACCAGGAUUCCUCAAGGGACUACGCUCUUCUCGCCGACCACUGGAUCUGCCUACGACGGCGAGACUCUGUACGAGUUCCUGCGACAAGCUCUUCAUGACAUCUUCCAAGAAAAGCUCUUGCCGUCAAAAACCCUCGAUUCAGCUCUUCAUCGUUCGUCGGGCUCGAAGCUUUCGGUUCACGUGUUCGGCCCUUCUAACGCGGGAGGCUUCCUGGAGAAGUCCCUCGCUGCGUCCGGAUUCAAAGAUGCGAAGGUCCAAUUAUCUGAGAUUGCCGAGACUGGUGAACCCCAGGAUGCCAUUGCCAUUGUUGGCAUGUCUGGUAGAUUUCCUGGUGGUGACAACCUCCAGGCCUUCUGGGAUAUUCUUGUGCAAGGGAAAGACCUCCACAAAAAGGUGCCCAAAGAUCGCUUCGACGUUAACCUUCACUGCGAUCCAACCGGCAAGACCCCGAACUCCACCCUCUCUGCUUUCGGGUGCUUCUUGGACAAACCAGGUUACUUCGACAACCUCAUGUUCAACAUGUCUCCCCGCGAAGCUGCUCAGACGGAUCCAUGCCAGCGGCUGCUGCUGAUGGCAGCGUACGAAGCACUCGAGACAGCCGGCUACAGAUACGACGCCAAGCCGGAUCGAGGCAACGUCGGGUCCUUCGUAGGGCUUACGACGGAUGACUGGCGAGAGUACAACAUCAGCCAGGAAAUCGACAUGUAUUUUGUCACAGGUGGUCUUCGUUCGUUUGGCUCGGGAAGACUGAACUACUUCUUCAAGCUCGAGGGGCCUUCGUAUGUCCUCGACACCGCUUGUUCUUCCAGCGCGGCAUCCAUUGAGCUGGCCUGCGCUUCGCUCCUUGGUCGUGACUGCGACAUGGCUUUGGCUGGUGGAGCCAACGUCAUGACCGGUCCGAAUCUCUGGGCAGGCCUCAGCCGAGCUGGCUUCGUCUCCCCUACGGGCUCCUGCAAGACUUUCGACGAGACCGCCGAUGGCUACUGUCGCGGGGAGGGUGUUGGCAUUAUUGUUCUCAAGCGUUUGGAGGAUGCGAUCCAAGCGGGAGAUAACAUCCAGGGCGUCAUCAGGGGUAUCGCGACGAACCACUCGGCGAACGCCCUGUCCAUCACGCAGCCUCACGGCCCGACGCAGAAGAAACUAUACAACCAGGUUUUGCGUAAAGCCAAUCUGACACCCGACCAAAUCCAAUACGUCGAGAUGCAUGGAACCGGAACCCAGGCUGGGGACGUUACCGAGAUGAACUCGGUCGUGUCAACGUUUGCAUCCGGUCGCGAACCUACGAACCCUCUCUACGUUGGCGGCAUCAAAGCCAAUGUCGGUCAUGGCGAAGCAGCAGCUGGCGUUACUUCUGUUAUCAAGGCACUGAUGAUGUUCCGGGAGAAUGCCAUACCUCCUCACGCUGGGAUCAAAACCAGAAUCAACAGCAAAUUUCCCCCGCUGGAGAAAGCUAACAUUCACAUUGCUCGCGAAUUGAAACCUUUCAUGACCGACAAAGAACCAAGAAGAAUCAUGAUUGGCAACUUCGGCGCGACUGGUGGCAAUACUUGCAUGGUUAUCGAAGAGCCGCCUCGAAGGUCUAUCAUUGGCAAGGAUCCUCGCAACGUCCAAGUUGUUACAGUUUCGGCAAAAACCCGAUCUUCACUCAGAGGCAACAAACAACGGCUCCUCGACUACCUUGUCAGGUAUCCGAACUUAGGACUCGAGAACAUCGCGUACACUCUGACCGCACGGAGGUCCCAUCAGCCUCUGCGCUCAUCCUUCUGCGCAUCGAGUGUACAAGGCCUCAUCAAGGCACUUUCCUCAGACCUUGGCAGGACCACCGACGUCGUCAACAGCGUCGGCCAGGGCUCCAUUGUGUUCGUCUUUCCGGGACAAGGGGUCAAGUUCUUCGGCCUUGCGAAGAAUCUUUAUGGUUCAUGCCCGCAAUUGCAGCAGUCGAUCUUGGAACUCAACAACAUCGCCAAGACCCUGGGCCUGCCGCCGUUCAUCGAUCUCAUUCUCAGAGAACAGUCGAACGGAGCCAGCCCAACGCGCACACAUCUCGCCAUCGUGGCUCUGGAGAUUGCAAUCGCUCAGCUUCUCAAGUCGUGGGGCAUUGUUCCCAAUGCCGUACUCGGCCACAGCUUGGGCGAGUAUGCGGCCCUCUGUACAGCAGGUGUGCUGACGGUCGCCGAUACUCUUCUCCUCGUCGGUCGGCGGGCUCAGUUGGUUGAGAAGCUGUGUGUGAAAGACACCCAUGGUAUGUUGGCGAUCAGUGCACCUGCGCAGAAGGUCCAGACUCUCAUCGACGAGACCCCCGGGGCGGGCAUCGCCAUCGCCUGCUUCAACAGCCCCAUGUCGGUUGUUGUCAACGGUAAAAUGGAGGCCUUGGAACGCUUCCGCACGACGCUGAGAGAAGGCAAUUCGAUCAAGUCGACCUACUUAUCGACUCCUUACGCAUUCCAUUCAGCCCAGCUCAACCCCAUGCUCGACGCCUACCAGACCGUGGCCAAGUCUGCCCAGUUCUGUAAACCAUCCAUUCCGGUGGUCUCGACUCUUCUUGGGCGGGUGGUCGACAAGGACGGUGUCUUCUCGGCCUCUUAUCUGGCCGAGCAGACUCGCAAACCGGUUCGUUUUGAAACGGCGAUCACGGCGGCUCGUGAUGCUGGAUACAUCACCAACAACACCCUGAUUGUGGAGGCCGGGCCCGGCGCUAUGUGUCUUUCAAUGGCAAAGUCCACACUCGCUGCCCCCUGCAAGCUUCUUCCGGCGUUGCAAUCCGGGAGCUCUACUUGGGAGGCUCUUUCUCAAAUUGUCGCGGAAGCUUACACGAGUGGCGUCUCCGUGGACUGGGCAGAGUUCCAUCGUCCUUACAAGCCCAGCUUGUCCGUCUUGGACCUCCCGACAUACCAUUUCGACCUCAAGGACUUCUGGAUCCAGUACCGCGGUGGCGUUGCAGCCCUCGAAAGAGACAUGAAGGCAAAGUCCUUGCAGGGUUCCCAGAGUCCCGGACAGGCGUCCUUGGGCACUUGCUUGCACCGUCUCGAGUCCGAAGACAUCGCAAAGGACAACGGCACGGUCGAGUUUUCGGUCGACCUCCAGGAGCCGUCUUUGCGCAAGUUGAUCGAUGGUCACAACGUCGUCGGCAUCGCACUCACGCCCAGCGGCGUUUAUCAAGAGAUGGCUUGGAGCGCAGCCCGUCAUCUGCACGGUCGUAUGAGCCCGGGUGGUUCAGAUGCGCAGAUGGUUUUGCAGAAACUUGACAUCUUCUCGCCCCUUUUCCUGGCGCAGUCGACGAGCCCGCAGAUCGUCACGGUCCGCGCAACCACCAAGACAGGGUCCAACACCUUCGUCGUCACCGUCAGCUCGGACAAGGACCACUCGCGCUGCGAGCUUGUCAUUGCACCUCCCCACCAGACGCAGAAGGACGAAUGGAAAGCUCGACGAGCCCUAGUCGCGCCGAGAUCCGCCGAGCUCAUGCAGCCCGCAUCUCAACAUCCCGUGUACCGGCUGUUCAAGCAGAUGGUGUACAAGAUCUUCUCUCCCAUCACGGACUACUCGAGCGAAUACUGGUCCAUCAACGAGGUGUUCAUCGACCAGUCUUUUACCGAGGCUGCAUUCAAACUGGAUCUGCGCGAGACUCCGGCCGGGUCGUCUUUCACCUACGACCCCUGCUGGCUGGACAGCAUCGCCCAAACCGCUGGCUUCCUGCUCAACUCCAAUGCGUCCAAUCCGGCAGACGUGGUUUACAUGUCUACCGGUUGCGAUGCCUUGAAGCUCAGCAACGAGCUGACAGGCGGGAGGCAGUACCUCUGUUACGUCCGCGCGGAGAUUUCGGACAACAGCAGCAGUGUGGUCUGUGAAACGACCGUCUUUGACGAGACCAGUGCCGUUGCCAUCGGCGAGGGUCUCAAGUUCAAGCGGGUGAGAAAAGACCGCCUCCGCCAACUGCUUGGCUUGCCUUCGGCAAUACAAUCCGAUCAGGUCAAGAACAAGGCUGCCCCGCCAGAGAAGAAGAUUGCUGUCGAGAAGGGAGUCAAGCAGCCCCGAGUGACCAGUGACUCCACCGAUAAGCCAACCGCAAAGGUCUCCCGUCGCGAAACUUCGGACCACGAGCAACUCUCCGCCGUACUGAAGGUUAUCAGUGCCGAGGUCGGGACUCAGCUGGAGGACGUGGAGAACCACACCACACUGGAGGACUUGGGCGUCGACUCCCUCCUCACGGUCGCCAUCACCUCCAGACUGAAGUCGGAGCAGAACAUCGAACUGCCUGCAUCCCUCAUCGCCGGCCCGACCACGAUAGCAGAGCUCAUUGCCUACUUUGAGGAUUCGACGGCGGAUAUCGUUGACGAGCCCACCGACGAGAGCGGCGCCUCUACCCAGGAUUCGCCAUCGUCCGCUAUCUCGACUCCGCCGACUUUGCCAGUCGCCGAUUCCCCGAUAUCUGGCAUCCCAGGCCUCGAGGGUGUCGACAUGAAGGACAUUCUUCUUUCUGUCAUCGCCAAGGAGAGCGGGCUCGAUCCGAGCGAGAUUGGCAUGGACACCUCUCUCGCUGAUAUCGGCGUCGACUCUCUCAUGAGCAUUGCCAUUAUCGGAGCCGUGAAGGAGCAGACUGGAACCGAGCUCCCGGCUUCUCUUCUCGCGGACUGCGCGACCGUAUCGCAAGUUGUCCGCACUAUUGCCAGUGACAAUUCCCAAGGCUCACUCUCGCUAGACGACUCCACCCUUUUUCCGUCAGAGGAACUUCUUCCCCAAGUGGUCCUUCGGCAGGUGAAGCCAUUUAACCCUGAAGAGUACCACAGCAACGUCGUCCUCCUCCAGGGCCAGCCGCAGAGUCAACAACGCCUGUUCCUCAUCACAGACGGCUCCGGUUCGGCAGCGGUCUACCUCCACCUCCCCAAGCUAGCUCCGAACCUGACAGUCUACGCGCUUGAAGCGCCUUUUCUGGGCAGAGCGUCUGAGUUCACGGGCAGCAUGGAGCAGAUCGGGUCCAUCUACGCGCGCGCCAUCCGCUCCGUGCAGCCCCACGGGCCCUACAUGAUCGGCGGCUUCUCCGUGGGCGGCAUGUUCGCCUACGAGACCCUGCGCCAGCUCGUUGAGGGCGGCGAGGAGAUCCACAGCUUCCUCGUCUUCGACGCCGCGUGUCCGAAGAAGCUGCAGGGCAUCCCGGACGUGACCGUCGAGGUCUGCGAGAUGACGGGCAUCUUCGACAGCAUUUCCGAGACGGACAAGCGGAGGCCCCUGACGCUCGAGCAGAAGACGUACGUCGCGGGCUGCGUCAAGUGCGUCAUGAACUACGACCCGGUGCCCCUCCCGGCGCAUGCCAGGCCGGUGCACACGUUCAUCAUCUGGGCCCGGAACGGGUUCUUCGACAAGCUGUCUGACAAGGUCAUCGAGGCGGACAAGAUCCUGACGGCCAAGAGUGGCCUACAGAAGGAGGCUAACCCGGACUGGAUGGAGUGGUUGACCGUGGAGCGUAGUUCGUUUGGUCCUAGAGGUUGGGAUAGGUUGGUCGGGGAUGUCGAGACGUUUGUCGUCGACGGUGAUCAUUUCUCCAUCAUGAUGCGUCCAAGGAUCACCAACGAAACGGGACCUCUGGUGCAGAAGUUGGCCAAGAAAAUGGUAUCGACGCUGAACAAACCUCGGCAACUAACGCAAGUUGCCGAGUCCCCCGCAGCGCUUCAAAAGAUUCGAGACACGUUCAAGAACUCGACUGAUCUCGUCCUCGGCUUCUCCGACGAGGCAGGAUGCUCUGGGUUCUGGGACGAGGUGUUCCCUACCCAGCAACAGUUGGUCCUCGCCUUCGUCACCGAAUCGCUGGCCCGGAUGGGCUGCAACCUAGACGCGCUGGCGCCCGAAGAGGCUCUGGAAAUCACCAACACUCUCCCCAAGCACCAAAAUCUGCUCCAGAUCAUCUACCAAAUCCUCCAAGACGGCGGUCUGGUCAAGUCCCAGCACGGCAGGUUCCUCCGAACCUACCAGCCCGUCGACAAGACACCCUCGUGGGCGAUCUACAACCAGCUCAUCCGAGACCACCCCCUCCACAACAGCGAGCACGAACUCCUCCAAGUCGCGGGCUCCAAGCUGGCCGAGUGCCUCACGGGGGCGAUCGAGCCGCUCAGCCUCAUCUUCGGCAAGAGCCGCGGCCUGCUUCAGGAGUUCUACACCAACGCGCCCAUGUUCGUGGCCGCGUCCAAGUUCGCCUGCGAGAUCAUCGGGCGCGCGUUCGCGGGUGUUACGUCCCGCGUCGAGAUCCUCGAGGUCGGCGCCGGCCUCGGCGGUACGACAAAGUACGUGCUCGACAAGCUCGUCGAGAACGCGGUCCCCUUCACGUACACGUACACGGACAUCUCGUCCUCCUUCCUGGCCGAGGCGAAGAAGAGGUACGCCCACCUGCCCCCGGGCAGCGUCGAGUUCGUGCCACUGGACAUCGAGAAGACGCCCCCCGAGAAGCUGUGCGGGCGGUUCCACGCUGUGCUGUCGUCCAACUGCGUCCACGCCACCAGGAGCCUCGCGGCGUCCUGCGGCAACAUCCGCAAGCUGCUCCGCCCCGGGGGCUUCGUGGUUCUCGUCGAGUUCACGACGAGGCUGUCGUGGUUGGAUCUGGUGUUUGGGCUGCUCGAGGGGUGGUGGCGCUUCGACGACGGACGUACGCAUUGCUUGGCUGAUGAGCACUUGUGGGAGUCGACGCUGAAGGCUGUUGGUUUCGAGAACGUGCUCUGGUCGGACGCUGAAGGGAACGAUAAGCCGAAUCCUCAAACUCUCGUGGCUUUUUGA